AUGUUCCAGCCGUCUGCGAAGCGCUGCUUCACCAUCGAGUCCCUGGUGGGCAAGGACACCCCCCUGGGCCCCGAGGACCCCCCUCGCCCCGCCGCCCUCGCCUACCCCGGCCCCGCCGCCGCCGCCGACGCCGCCGCCUUCGCCCCCGGCUUCCAGGGAGCCGCCGGCCGGGCCCUGUACGGCAGCGCCGAGCUCGUUUUCCCCGAGGCCGUGGGGCACCCGGCGCUGCCCGUCGGGCCCCCCCAGUUGGGGGGCUCGGCCUUGCCUCACCCGCACCCCUUCUUCGGGCCGCAGCACCGCGACCCGCUCAACUUUUACCCCUGGGUGCUGCGGAACCGAUUCUUCGGCCACCGCUUCCAAGGGAGCGAAGUGUCCCAGGAGAGCCUCCUGCUGCACGGCCCCUUCGCCCGCAAGCCCAAGCGCAUCCGCACCGCCUUCUCCCCGUCGCAGCUGCUGCGCCUGGAGAGAGCCUUCGAGAAGAAUCACUACGUGGUGGGAGCCGAGAGGAAGCAGCUGGCCAGCAGCCUCAGCCUCUCCGAGACUCAGGUAAAAGUGUGGUUCCAGAACAGGAGGACGAAAUACAAACGGCAGAAGCUGGAGGAGGAGGGCCCCGACUCGGAGCAGAAGAAGAAAGGCUCGCACCACAUCAACCGAUGGCGCCUCGCCACCAAGCAGUCGAGCGGAGAAGACAUCGACGUCACCUCCAACGACUAA